AUGGACCUGCAUCGUGCAGAACACACACUGUCAGCGCUCAGGGACAGUGUUGUUGGCGCCGUCGCUGGGGGACGCGGUGAUGUAACGUCCUUGCUCAGAGAUGUUGGCGCCUUUCAAGACUUGGUUGCCACCAUUGCGCAGGGCAAGCGAACAUCUCCGAUUUCGUGGUCCAUUCUGAAUGCCGCGGACCGACUGCUGACCAGUCUCAUUGCCCACUGUUCGCAUGAUCCCGUAUCUGGAGCCAGCAAACACACAAACAAGCGACCGUCGCGCGACCGUGACCGCCUUGGUGUUGACGAAGAGGCCAAGAGAACCAAAGCCAUCAGCGCAACAAUCGUUGAAGUCGACAGGACGCACUGCGGGUUCUCAAGCAUUGUUGGCAUUAAGGACGCGCUGCAGUGUCUUCAGGAGGCAGUCGUGCUUCCCGUCCAAUUUCCACAUCUGUUCACAGGUAGCAGGUGCGAGGAAGCCUUGGACAAGCAUUCUCUUGUAUGGCCCACCCGGAACAGGAAAGCUGUGGCGGCGGAGGUGAAUGGCCCGUUCUACUGCGUCAGCUCUUCGGACCUCAUCAGCUCGUGGCUCGGAGAGAGCGAGAAGCUUAUUCGCGAGCUGUUUCGGCAUGCUCAGGCGCAGAGUGCUGCUUCGGUGAUUUUCAUUGAUGAAGUCGACAGUCUGUGCCGGAAGCGCAGUUCGGCAGAGGAGGAUUCAGCGCGCCGUAUCAAGACUGAGCUCCUGCGACAGAUGGAAGGGGCUGACAAAGAAGGUGGGAAUGCCAGGACAUUUUUGCUGUGCGCCACCAACUGUCCAUGGGAGUUGGAUUCCGCGUUCUUGCGUCGGUUCCAGAAGCGCGUGUACGUCGGGCUCCCGGACUUGGACGCGCGCCGGACGCUCAUGCAGCGUUUGCUGACGGGUGUGGAGCACACAAUCACCGACGAGGAGCUGCAGGACCUCGCGGAACAGACAAGCGGGUACUCUGGCAGCGACGUAGUGACUGUCAUGUCAGACGCGACGAUGGAGCCUGUGCGGGAGCUGCUGGCAGCACAGUUUUGGCACUGUGAGCAAGCUGACGAUGGCAAGUGCACCUGGAGGCCCUGUGAUGAGGAGGAGCCAGGCGCCCUCAGGGGCAACGUGCAAGACAUUCCUGCGGAGGAUGCUGUGGCGCGAUCCGUGCGCAGCGGCGAUGUUGCAAAGGCCAUUGCUCGCAACCCACGCACGGUGAGCAGUGAAGAGCUCGCUCGCUUCUUAGCGUACAACCAGCACUGA